GCAAACUCCAUUUUUCAGCUUAAAUUUCCCUCUUUCUUCACCAAAAUGAGAUCAGAUGAAUUCGAAAACCUCUGGCUUUUCGCCAUAGCUUCAAAAUGCAAAUCUUUCACUUUCAUAAACUCCAUAACCCUUACAUUUCUUGCUCUUCUCGCAUGGCUAUGCAUGAACUUGAUUUUCUGGGCACACCCCGGUGGCCCAGCUUGGGGUAAAUACAAAUGGCGAAAACUCGCCUGUACUAAGCCAAUACCCGGCCCAAAUGGUAUCCCAAUUAUUGGAAGCAUGAAACUCAUGAUGGGUUUAGCUCACCAUAAAAUUGCAGCCAUGGCGGAAUCUUGCAAGGCCAAGCGUCUAAUGGCGUUCAGCCUUGGCGAAACACGCGUAAUUGUUACGUGUAAUCCCGAUAUUGCGAAAGAAAUACUGAAUAGUUCAACUUUUGCCGAUCGUCCGGUGAAGGAAUCGGCCUAUAAUCUUAUGUUCAAUAAAGCCAUCGGCUUCGCCCCCUACGGUGUUUACUGGAGGAGCCUCCGUAGAAUCUCCGCUGCCCACCUAUUUUGUCCGAAGCAAAUUAAGGCUUCGGAGUUUCAAAGGUCGGAGAUUGCUAAUCAGCUGGUGGCAAUGUUUCGUGCUGAAAAGGGUGAGAUUCGGGCCAGGGAUGCACUGAAACGGGCUUCUCUUAAUAACAUGAUGUGCUCUGUCUUUGGUAAGAAUUACAAGCUGGAUUCCUACAAUUAUGAAACAAAUGAAUUGCAGAAAUUGGUAGAUGAAGGGUAUGAUUUGUUGGGUAUGACGAAUUGGUCUGAUCAUCUUCCAUGGUUGUAUGAUUUCGACAUGCAAAAGAUCCGGUUAAGAUGCUUCAACCUCGUACCCAAAGUUAACCGGUUUGUCGGCCGUAUUAUCGAAGAACACAAGGCAGAAUCCGGAGAGGUUGGUCGUGAUUUUGUUGAUGUAUUGCUGUCUCUUCAAGGGCCGGAUAGGUUGUCGGAAUCCGACAUGGUCGCCGUUCUUUGGGAAAUGAUAUUUAGGGGUACUGAUACUGUGGCAGUUCUGAUAGAGUGGAUAUUGGCAAGAUUGAUGUUAAGGCCCGAUAUCCAAUCAAAGGUCCACAAUGAGUUGGACAAGGUUGUUGGAAGUUCACGUGCGGUGAUGGAGCCCGAUUUGAUGGAAUUGGUAUAUUUGACGGCGGUAAUAAAGGAAGUAUUGAGGUUGCAUCCACCGGGUCCACUUCUAUCUUGGGCUCGAUUAGCGAUAGCCGACUCAGUUGUUGAUGGAUAUCGCGUACCAGCUUGGACCACAGCAAUGGUUAACAUGUGGGCCAUCACUAGGGAUCCGGAAGUUUGGAACGAUCCAUUGGAAUUUAAGCCCGAAAGGUUUUUAAGCGAGGCUCCAAAUUUAGAAUUCUCGGUGCUCGGAUCUGAUCUCAGGCUUGCACCAUUUGGGUCUGGUCGCAGGUCUUGCCCAGGUAAGACAUUGGCUCUAACCACGGUCACAUUUUGGAUCGCAUCCCUGUUGCAUGAAUUCGAGUUCUUGCCUUGUGGUCAAAUCGACUUAUCUGAGGUGCUGAAACUUUCUUGUGAAAUGGCCAAUCCGUUGAUGGUUAGGGUACGAUCAAAGCGAUCUAUUUGCAGCUCAAUUUACUAAUUAUAAAAGAAAAAUAAGAACGCAAAAUAGAUACUACUCAUGCAUGGAAGCAACUUCAACGUUUCAUCAAACCCUAAAAUAAAUAAAUACCUUCUCCAACCCUCUUUACCUCUUGUUUGCUUUGUAAGUUGGUGGUUGUGAUUUUACCUUCUUUUAAACAAUUUAUAAGAAGGAUUGUUAUCUUCUACUUUUACGUACAUAAAUGUCGUAAUGGUAAGUACUAUUUUCAAUGUCACUCUCCAUAUUGACUUCUGUUUA